UGAACAGUGCAUAUUAUCUACUAUUUAAAUUUUCAUCUAAGUAAUUUAAGAAUCAUCUUGAUUCUUUUCAGAAAGUCCAAAUACAUUUACUGUCAUAGAGCUAGAAACUCAGUUAAUGGACCUAAAUAUAUAGCACCAGUCCCCCAUUUUACUCUGCUCAGUCUCUAGAAUCAGAUUAUAAUUUGUUGAAAAAAAAUUUAAGACUUGUCAUUUACAGCUUGUAGACUUAAUUUAUGCAGAAUAAAUAUUUUUUAAUGUUUUAGUGAUAGCAUCAAUAAUUCCAAUGAACAAAGACAUAGUAUAUAGGUUUUCAUUUUUUUUAUUAAUGUUACUAAGCACAUUUAAAGAUCUGUACAUUGCAAUUGAUAUUGGUGCUUGCAGCAUCUCAUUUAUUGUGGAGAAGUUGGUUUAUUGGACGUGGUUCAGGUGUUUCCUCCAGGUUUUAAAUUUUGUCUGCUGUUUAGUCACAAAACAGUUCCAUGUUUUUUUGGGGUUUUUUUUUUUGGAAUGAUGCUUAAUCAUCUAAAAGUGCUGUUUCAUGCAUGCAUUUUGAAUUACUCUGAAGCAGUUUGCAUUGCUUGUUAUAUUGAGUGUAAAUGAGAUGUUUUAAAUUUAUAGUUAACACUGUUUUCCAUAUUGUCACCAUUGAAGACCCUUUAGUUUGCUGGAAAACUUGCUGGAGUAAAUCAACGGAGAGAACCAAACAGUUCUACAAUUAAUAGUACUUGAGCUUGAAAAAUGUACUAAGCUCAGAGAUGAUGGUUGUUGGCUAGGGUCUGAGCCGAGUUUGUGCAGGGGAUGACCCUUCGGUCAGUUCCCGCACCCUUUAUAUGCCGUGUUCACAGUCUUUUGUACAGCACUUCACGCUUUGGAUGCAUCCACAAUACCGCCCUCCCAGUUGAGGAGCUGGCGGGCGACUCAUUUCUGUCUCUACACAGGGAGGGGUUGGAGGGUGCCGAUAUGAACUAUUCCUAGCACUGUAGGAUUCAUGUGGCACAUUUGUCUUUGCAGUUGGGGUGGUUGGGGGAAGAGAUUGGGGGGAUUUUUGUUACAGACAAAAACAUGAUCUGGUACUAACUUUCUAGGAUUGUACCCAUACUCUGAGGGAUCAAGAGAGAGAGGAAUAAUUCCCCGCCUUGCCUGGACGCAUGUAUAGUAAGUUGAGCAGGCGAAAAAGAGCGAGCGAAGCCCAUCGCUGUGUGCGCGUACAUGUGAGUCGUAAACGAAGUUGCCGAAGAGAAGAGGUUUUGUGUUUAGAAGCACACAAGAAGGGGAAGGGAGGGGAAGUUAAGAAGGCAAGCGGCCUGCCUACCCUCGAGCCUCCCUCCUGCCCAACACCUUGAGGUUAUUGCCUUGUCGGUGUAAAAGUCUUGCGUACAAGAAUCGGCCGACGUCAGGCUCGCGCCGCCAUGUUGAUUUUUGCCUGCAAUCAUUCAAGUCUGCGGGAGCCUCAGUUGAGGCCUACGGUAACUUGGAGUGGCAGCGCAGGCGCUAUGUGUGUAAGCCGGCUUGCAAGUGCGAGAAACAUGGAGGCGAGACGACAGGACUGGUCUCCCUUUCCAAGGGCAAGUCCGGCGGCUUUAUGCUGGGCCCCAGGCCGUCGCUAUCUGUGAAUGGAUAUCAGAGUGUGUGUCUUUCCUGAUGUGUCAGGCCCUGAUGGUCCAGCGCCGGCUAUGUAGCAGUGCUCGGGUUGUUGGAGAGGCGAAAAAGUGUAAGGAGCUGUGUGUAGAGUGUGGAGGGUAUCCCCCCCUCCUCCACCACACACACACACAGGUCGGUCGCUUGCUUUCUCUUUCUCUUUGUGUGUCGGCUGCGUUGAUAAUGAGAAGAAUCAGGUGAAGAUGUAAGAGAGGAGCACUGGGUGCAACGCGAGCCUAAAAGAAGCAGGGUGACAGUGACGCUGGAUGUACUGUGUGUAAAGGAAAGAGGCCAGCCUGCAUCAAGCGGGAGAUGACCCCCUAAAGAAAAGGUCAAUGGGAAUGGAUUAAUCGUUCGAAUUUGUAAUGCCCAGGUACCGCGGAGAGGGCAAUGUGGGAACUUUUCGGGGACAGCCUGGUGUUUUGUAGCAGAAAGCGUGAAGUGUUGUGGGCGAGGAUUGGAAGAGGAGUCGGAGGAGUCGGGGACUAGCCCAGCGCGGACACUGCCAGUAGCCCGUAAUCAGACCCUGCCCCAGGAUGACUGGGUGCUGAAGGAGUAAGAGACUUGCACUGGUCAACAAGAAGACAUCAAGUGCCAUUUCUUAAUAUACUUUAUCUUUGAAUGCUCAUGACAUCGGAUCUUCAAGCAUUUCCUGUCAUCUGUAGAAGACAGUAGUCAAAAUGAAGGAGAGGCGUGAGGUUGCUAUGCUCAAAGAAUCAGCCAAAAAUGCUGAUGUCAAUGGGUCUGGCACUAUCCGCGACAUAAAAGAAGAGGUCAAAGACGAGGUCAAAGGUCGCAGUGCUAGGAGCACGCCGGAUACUAAGCCUCCAUCAAAUAAGAUGGCCAAUGGAGAAUCAGAAACAUCUAAUUUGGAAGAUAACAAUAAGAACAAAAUUAAAACCGAUGGUAUCAAGGAAGAGAAUGGAGGGCCCAUGUCAGCAGGAAGUGAUGCAAAGAAGUCGCCUGCAGGAGGUGGUCCAGCAGUGCCCCACUGUGGACCUUCUGGAACCUGUCAUGAAUCGGUUCCAGGUUUUGUCCAGCAGCAGUCUCAGGUGUUUGUUUUUACCACUGACUUGGCCAAUGAUGCUGCAGAGGCUGUAAAACAGGGCAGGUGUAAGAGUAUGAUAGCCUAUCAUAUGGAGCAACCUGCUACCAAGCAGUUCCUCCAGAAGAAUCCGCCGAAGUCUGGUCUUUAUGGCAGGCCUUCUUCAAGCAUGCCCAUAUACCACCAGUUUUCUCACAUUGGCAUGAUGGGCAAGCCUGGAAUGAGCCCAGGCACUGUGUCUCCACACAUGCCUGGGAUGGGCCCUGGUGGUCCAGGUGUCGGUUGUUCUGUGGCACAGUGGGUGCAGCAGCAGAAUGCCAAUCUGGAGGAACAAGCUAUGGGAGGAAUGGCACCAUAUCCUAUGAACACAGGUGGGAUGGGGCCUGGCGUGCCUGGUUCACGUGGAAUGGGGUGGAGCCACCCUGGCAUGCCUCCAGGACCUGGAGGUGGUAUGGGAGGCCCAGGCUAUGGACUGAUGGACAGUGGUUAUGAAUUCAAUCCGGAUGCUCUGGGACCUGGCGGCGCAGUGUCGAUGCCCCAUAUGAACCUGUCCCAGAAUAAAGUGCCCAAUGAAAAUUUGACUCCUGAACAAUUAGAAAGACGUGAAGAACAGCUUGCUAAUUUAAGAAAGAUAGGUCAAAUGUUGUUUCCAGGUGAGCAGAACCCCAUGGAAGGGGGGAUGUUCAUGGGGGGCAUGUCGCAACAGCAGCAGUCAAUGAUGUCGCCACAGCAGCAAGCCCUCAUGUCCCAGCAUCAGGCAGCCAUGAUGGGUCAGCAUUGUCCUCACCCAAGCAUGAUGUCCCCUUCCCAACAGCAAUACAUGAUGCAGCAGCAGCAGAGCAUGGGGAUGGGGGGCCCAGGACCCUAUCCUCCUGGCCAUCCUGGAGGACGUCCUCAGGGACCAGUCAUGCCGGGACAGGGGCCACCUGGAAUGGCAGGGUCUGGCAUGGGUCAGGACAUGUCUCAGAUGCACCAGGCACAACAGGCAUGGCUGCAGAUGCAACAAGACUAUUAUGACAAGAAAUCACACCAGAUGAUUCAGCAGCGCUCUCAGCAGGCAGCCAUGAUGGGAGGGAUGGUGCCACAGCAUCCUAUGGAUCGGGGACCCAUGAAUGGGCCUCCUCCCCCCUACUAUAGCUCCUUAAGUGGCAAGAGGCAGCCUGGGCCCAUGGGUCCUGUGGGCUCCCCAACUUCGCCCAACAUGGGUAGUCCUGUUGUGGACCCUGCAGAUCCACUUGGCAUGUUUCCGUCAGCUCGCAGUCGUCCUGGCAUGAUGAUGGACCCACCAUGCAUGGACAGCAUGGCAGGUGGGUUUGGACCUGGUCCUGGCAUUAUGGGCCAGGGAAUGGGGAACAUAGGUGGCAUGGGUAUGGGAAUGCGUGGAAUGGAUCCAGUGAUGCCAGGGAUGGGACCUGGUCCCGGGCCCCAGCAGCCACCCAUGCCAUCAGGACCAUUGCCAGGACGACCAGGUGGUGGAGGACCAGCUGCUAUAGGACCAGCUGCUAUGAUGGGAAUGAACAGUGGUGUGAAUGUUGUGUCUUCUACAUCAGGAAGAAAAAGUGCUGGACAGGCUACACUUCACAGGGCAGGAAACCCAGAACAGUUUACCCCGGAAAUCAACAGUGGUAGCAUGCCAAAUACAGGCGGUAGCAAGCCACCACCCUCCUAUGCUCAGGCUCAGAAAAGAAAACGUGAAGACUUGGAGGAUGCUUUCAAGAAUCUUCAACCCACCCCAUCUCCUACACAGCUGACGUACCUCAACCAGUUUGAAGGGCAAGAACUUACAAUCACUAAACAGCUCAAUGUUGCAUUCAAAGACCAUCCUUCGGGUGGAGGUAGCAGUGGUGGUGUGACGCCACAUGACCCCACUUCAGUGUCAGCCCCACCAACCUCCCAUCCGCAUAAUAACCAGUUUUCUUCCCCAGCGAGUAACAGUAAUCCUGUGAACUCUCCCCUCACUCAUGGCAGCAAUCCUGGUGGGAAUCCACCAUCUUCGAAAGGCCCUUUGUCUAACUCUAGCCAGACUUCCAGUACUGGACACUUAGGCAGUCCCGUCUCUCUUCACCACGGACCUUCUCCAAUGUCAGGUGCCAACAUGCGGCUGACCCACUUUGAUCCUCCAUCUGCCAACAGCAACAACGGUGGGACAGGAGGAGCCACACCUGCCGGUAGUGGCAUGUCCAGUGCACCAGCAACCCCAACAGCUGGAGGAAAACAACCUUCUGGCUUACCAGCAUCAUCCUCAUCAUCCAUGUCAAACAUAACAUCGGCAAGCCUCGCUAACCUAGCUAAAGGUGUGGAGCAUCUAUCAAACCAAAUGCAGCAGAACAUGAUGCAGGGUGGGCCCUUUCACAGCAUACAAGUUCAAGGCCAGAUGAGCAGCAAUGGCAGCAGCAGUACCCCAAAUAAUAAUGGAAGCUCAAGUGGAAGUUCAUCCAGCAACUCUAACUCAUCACAGCCACAGCAGCAACAACAGCAGCAGCACCAGUCAGGGCCUGCAGCACCUGUAUCACAGCCCAGUGGCACUCAACCAGUCAACAACACAUUUCUUAGCACAAACCUGCAGAUAGGUCAGGUCAACAUCCAGAAUGUCACUGCUGGUUCCAGCGCCAACAUGCAGGUGCAGCAGAUGACUGGUGAAUCACCGCACAUGAACAUGGCCACAGGAAGCAGCAGUGCCAUGAUGCAUGGAGCUGCCAAUGUUGCCAUGACCAGCUCUGCCACUGCAAAUUGCAGCAAUAUGGGAGGAAACAUGCCUUCUCACAUGGUCUCACACAUGGCUCAGCAGCAGCACCAGGCGAUGAUGAUGAGUGGAGGAGGUGCAGGGGGCGUGCAGGCAAGCACAAUGGGCAUGUCACAGUCCCAAUCACAGCAUAUGCAGAGUCCUUGCACCUUGUCCUCCUCCAGCUCAGCCAUGUGCAACAUGCCACAUUCUAUGCCUCCUUCUUCUCAUUAUCCUGCUGCAUCACCUCCUUACACAACCCACCACCCUAUUCCCCACCCUUUGCCUCACCCGGCCAUGAGCACAGGCAUGCCACAGUCCCAGAUGAGUAGCUCUUUAAGUGGGGCAGGCAACCGUUUGGCAUCCCCGCCUUUUCCUCCCAGCACCAUGGGCAAUGCCAACAUUCAGAUCCAGCCCAAGGCCCCAAACACGAUCCAAUACCUCCCUGCCAAUCCACCUCCUUCACAGCAACCACCUCAGUCUGCCAUGAGCAUGGGAGUCGGGGGUGGUCCUCCUGCCAAACGGCCUGCACCAGAUAUGGAUUUCAUGCCCCGCUACAAUUCUCCAAUGGAUGUCAAGAACCCAUCAUCAACAUUGCAAUACUUCCCAGGCUCACCUAAUCAUGGUAUGCGGCACUCCUCUGCUGGAAUCGGACCUGCCGGGGCCAUGUCAGAUUUUCCCCCUCACCAGACAGUCGAAAUGCACCAAGCCAUGAUGAUGCGAGGAGGGGGUCCUGCACCUCAAGAUUAUGGACACAUUGGUUUGAUGGGGCAAGGCAUGCCACCAGGAAUGGGGAUGCCACCUGGUGGUCCUGCCCCAAGUCCAAUGCAAAGCCCCAUGGGCAUGGAUGGCAGCAUGCGAGGCAUGGAGAUGAGCGGCAGCAUGACUGGAAUGACCAGUCCUAUGGACCCCAUGAUGAUGGGGCCCAGCCCUAGUGCAAUGCGUACCAUGUCUGCUUUGGGACCAGGAGGCUCAGGUGCUAUGGACCCUAUGUCUCCCAUGUCCUCCAUGAUGGGCCCAGGGGGUGGGUCACACGCAGGACAUCACUACCCUGGUGCACCUCCUUCAGGAUAUAUGCCUAAUGGACAAACCAUGAUGAUGAGUCAGCAGAUGCAAGGGUCAGGCCCAGCUGGCUUGCCAGGCCAUCCAGCUUCUCUGGGGCCCAGCAUGCCUAUGUCGCAUGCUGGAAUGCCCCGUAUGCCAGGUAGUGCCUCGUCAAACAUGCGCAUUCCCAUGCAGCAGAGUGGACCCGGACCUGGCUCCAGUCCUGUAAGUGGAGGAUAUUCAGCACAGUAUCAGCAGUUUCAACAACAGUUAUACUCACAGGGACGGUCGCGACAAAUGUCGCCCAUGGGGCACAUGAUGACAGGUGGCCCUGCAGGAGCAGGACAACCAUAUAUGGGCAUGAUGCCUACCAUGCCUGGACCUAGCUGAGGCUUCCAUCUCACUGCUGCCCAUCACAUUUUGGUGUGAAACAGAAUCAACAGAGGAAGAGUGAUGCCACCUUUUUACUGACAACAAUGUAAUAAACUGUUUAGUGAUGAGCUCUUGGAGUUACUUCUGCAGAUCUCGUCUGGCAUUCUUGUUAUUGUGCUGAACAUACUUGAGAAUCCAAGUGAAUGGCACUGUGCAAGGGAGUGCAAGCCCAGCUGAUAGAUUAAAUCGAAUGAAUGUGACAAAUGCCUAGCAAUAAGCAGCCUUGUAUUAUCUCUGUAGCAUGAGUUUGCUCAGCCACUGUCUGUCCCCCAAGAUUCUGCUUACAUUGGAAGUGGAACAAUGAAUUUUGACUGAGCAACGAAAUAACUGAUGCUAUAUCAUCUUCAGCAAGUGUGUGAAUUAAGUAGUGCAUGAGAAACUUGUUUUUUUUUUUAAUUUAAAUCACCAAGUUACCUCUCAGUAAUAACCCAAACUGGCUGCUGACCUCACAAUACAGUGUACUAGUUGUUGGUUGUCAAACAUAUUGCAAGGCAAUUUAUAAGCCAGCAUUCAAAAUGUGGACAAAUUUCUCAUGUAACUUGGUGGUAAUGCCAAAGUUGUGUUUUAUCUCUAUAUGACUUGUCUGAUCUGCAUGAAAAAGAAAGGUUGCAAAUAGCCCCUCUCCCCACUCAGUGCCAGCGUGCCUGCUGCCUCUCAAACUGCCCUGUGAUAUGACUUCAACGCAAAGAAAUUUUGACAGAUGCUUCAGGCCGUGGCAUGACAGCUCAAUACCUGCACCGGCUGCAGUGCUUAGCAGGGAAGAAACUUGUACAGUUCAUUUUCACAUACCUCCACCAUCUUCAUACUGCCCAGCAGCCAUCAGACAUGCACACGUGUGUGCUUGGAUGUGCAUAUGUGCAUUUUGUAUGUGUGGGUGUAUAUGUAAUCACGUGUGCAUGCGUGUGUUAACUUCAUACAGAAGUAUCCAUGUGUUGAUGCAUCAUUAUAUGCUUUGACCAUUAAAUACUGCUUAGGUUUGUUAUCUGUCUCUUGGUGCUCAGUAUCUGCAGAUAGACUGAAAAAGAAAGUGCACUGUAUGUUAUAUGGUAAUUUUUACCAUGCUUAUAAAAGCAUGCAACAUUCAGCUGUCUUUUUGUUAUAAAACAUUGAAGGUGUUUACCAGAUAGAUUUUCAAGAUGCCUGUUUACUGUGACUACAUAUAGGUAUUCAAGGUGCGUGUUUACUCAGACUGCAUAUAUUGAUAACAAGAGGCUCAGUCUUAAGCUGGUUUUGAGGCAUGUCUCAUUUAAAGGAUUUAUACAGUAGGUCAGCUAAGAGUGGAGCACUUGGGGCCAGGGAUGGAGCAGCGUAUUAUAGUUGUGACAACAGUAGCGUAUUUGCAGUGUCCCAGCAAUACUGUGUGUGAACUGAGACAGGUUAGUACAUGAAGGGACAAAGAAUACCAUUUUCCAGACAUCUGUUAUAUGCUUCCAUUCGUACCAUGUUGAAAUAACUGUAAGGAUUUGAAAGAGAAAAUGUCAGCAGGCAUUAUUUUACAUAUGCCAUACAAUCACACACACAUGUACACAUACAAUGUAAAUGUGCAUAUACUUGUGGCUAUGGAACAUAUACAGUGCACUUACCUGUAUGAUUUAAUGUGGGAAAGAUUGCAAGACAGCUGAUAAAAAAGAAUGCAUCAUUAGGCAGAUUAUUUAAGUGCCAAGAAUCAUGCAUCAUAAUGCAUUUUUAAAAAUUCUUGUAGAACUUUACUUUCAUGUAGAAUCAAAUACUACUGAUUUUUAAGAUUUUAAAAUUACAAGCAUUACUAUUACAUUAUUAAUACAUGUAUGUUAUUUAAUUAUUAAGACUUUCUUUGAUUAUUUUUUUUUUAAUGCUUAUGUAUCUGUCUUGGAAUUAGUACAUUACAAAAUAGAUAUUCUAGAAGGUUCACCUUCCACAGAUGUUUAAGGGAUCAUCAAAAUAAAGAGCAGGAGAAACCUUUUGAGCAGCCUAUUCGAAGGCUUAUUAAAGCUUUAAGGGGCAGAGACUUAGUUCAUUGUCAUGUAACAAGUUAAGGAAAAACACAAAAUUCUUCUUUUUUUUUUAGGUGAUUAAGCAGGCCACUAACAUACAGUGAACUGCAUGGCAAUGGCCCACUUAAUCACUGCAUCAUUUAGACAUAAUUUUUCAGGACAGUGCAGUUCUCAUGUCAUCAGCAUAGUAGACAGCAUUCUGUUGUGUGAAUUAGGGAAAGCACCAUGCAGACUUUGUUUUUUGACUGUCUUAUUGCAUAAUGAGUGCAUCGACACAUGUGGCACUUUGUUACUAUUAUUUAUUGAUGAGACAAAACAUUUAUUGCUAUGAUUUAUACAUCCAUUAAUACUACAGGCUCAUUUUUGUUUAAGCUCUUUGUACAUCGCAUGGUGUGCAGACAUAUUGUGGGUUCUGUGCACUGUGUUACCUUGAGUUUCAAGUUGUACAAGACUAACAUACAUGGUGCCAACACAAUUUUACACAUGGACUGUCAGCAUUUAAAAAUGGUAAAUGUAAAGACAUGUACAGAAAAAGCCUGAAUAUUGGGUUGAAAUAUAAAGUGUAAGGCAACAGUUUUUGUGAGCACUUUUUUUUUGUAGAUUAGAGGUCUGCAGCUGUGAUAAACCUGUUUCACGCCAAAAUUCUCAGUAAGGCAGUUACGUGAAGGGAGGUAAUCUUGGUUACUCAUAACAUGCAGGCUUGAUACUUUCAAGGUUUAAGUUGGACUUUUGGUUUACAGUAAACAAAAAGGUGUUUUUUUUAUUUCUUUUUUUAUAUCUUACAUUUUUUCUAGGAAUAACAUUUUUUAAUCUUCCACUUAAGUAAAAUCAAGAUUUUAGAACAUCAAUUCUGUUGAGUAUGAAUGAGGUAUAAAGCAUAAAACACCUGAAAAAUUGUAAUGUUUGAAAAAAAGGUUGUGUUUAUUUUUGCUAUCACUGUGAUGAUGCCUGGAAACCACUUAAAAUUUUUGUAAUAGGAAGAUAGCUUAUUAAAAUAUUGUGGGUUUAUUAAUACCGCUUUUUAUAAUUUUUAUAGUAUCCAACGUCUAAAAGUUUACUUAAAAAGAAAUCAAGGGCAGGGAAAGGGGUUUGAAAUUGUUGAGAUUGCCACGGUUGUGUGCUUAUUUCCAGAGGUAAGUUGGUUGUGCCUGCAUGUGUUCAUUUUGAACACAGUAACCACACUGUGUCAUCAAUUAUAGCCUAAGAAGUUUUUCUUGUGUUGGAAAGAACGUGCUUAGCCAUGCACAGUGCUUUUUCUUUUCCAUCAUUGUGUAAGGAGCAUGUUUCAUAGAGCCAAUGGACUUUUUCUAGAGAGCUCAUAAAUUUUGAUCUUCUUUGCCUACCUCCAGCGUUUAUUGCAUGUCUUAAUCCACUCUCAGCUUGCUCUAUGGUGUUUCCAGGUUCUGUAUUGAUCUCUUUUGCUGGGUACAUUUCUUUGUAACCACAUUUUGAAGCUGUAAUACUUAUCUGUUUUGAAAAUGUGAGAAAUUGUUCAGACAGUUUUUUUUAUUCAAACAAAGGAUUUGUUAAACAGGGUACAACAGCUAUCUUUUUGGGCGUGUUUUAAUAAUAUUAAAGAAGUGCUUCAAGAAACCACUUUAUCGUGCAGCAGAAAUGUAUAAGAUCCAUCAGCAGCAAAUGCACUUGCAUCAUAUGUGUUUAAGUAAACAGGCUACAUACAUAUCUAUUUUCAGCUUCUAAGUAUUUGUUUACAUUUUUCAAUGCCCAAAAUAUUUCACAUUAUUAAUAAAAGUAGAGAAAGUCUUUGCUUUCAUUAAAAAUUGACUGUCUUUCACUUGUUUUCUCUUAAAUAAUUAAAGAAUAACCAUGACAUACAAGUACUGCAAUGGCAUUUCGAGUACAGAUUGCUGGUUAUGGUUUUUUUUUUUUUUUUUUUUUUUUUAGUUAAUCAGUUGUGCAAGCAUGCUGGUUGAACAAAGAAAAUUUAGCUAGGCAUUAUCCAUGUCAUUUUAUUCAGAUUUAUAGACACUUCAGCAAACACUUAACCUGCAUGUUUGUGCACAUGCUUCUUGUUGGUUGUGAAAAAGGACAUUGUACUGAAAGUGUGCCGCUUUGUAGACAGUAGAAAUUAUAAGCAGUUAUUCUGCAAUAAGAAGUGGAGGAGAUUUUUAAAAAGUAUAUAUAUGUUUUGGGGGAGCAAAUCCUGCUGAAACAUUGGCAGUGAAAAAACAUUGGGUUUGUGCACACACUCUCACACCUGCUUGCAUAUAAUGUGUGUGCACACAAACACCUGCAUGCAUGCACACAUGCAAACAAACAACCUACAGAUGUGUCAGAAUGUAGCAUUGUAAAGUAAUGCUUGAUAAUUAUUCUUAGUUCUUCUGUGCAACAUAGUCAUGGCUAGCCUCGAACAGUCAAAAAAUGGUUUGAAGAGGCUCGAAUGCUUUAUAUUUCUUGCAAAAAUGGUGUGCACACAACAUACACCGUAACAUUAUACUUAAAAGAUAAAACAUUAUAUAACAAUGUGUGUGUGUGUGUGCACGCUGUUGUAUUUAUGUGCACUUGAUUCAUACUAAGUAAAGGUACAAUGUUAACUUCAUCUUGCUGAAUAUCUUUUUUUUCCAGCGCAAUCCUAAAUGAUUUUUUUUCAGCUGAACACAUAAGAACAAGUGGUAAUUGCAUACAGGGAAACACUUAAACACCUUUAUGGUUUUAUUGGAGUGAAGAUUUUAAUGGGUUUUUAAAUUGUAUCAGAUAAAAAAAAUUGCAGUCUUUUCACCUGCUUAUGUGGCCUUUCAGUCCUAUCAUUUUCAGUGACUUGAGCAGCUAGUCUAGGAGCCACAUUUUAUUGCUCUUUGCUUUUCUAACUGUGGACAAUAUGCUGAUGUGCUGAUAUUAAUGGAAUUAAUUUUUAUAAAGGUAAGUAGUUUGGAAAUAGAAGAGGACUGAUGGCGGAUCUUUUUUAGAUUUCGAAGCUUUUGUAAAAUUAACUAUUAGAGUUCUUGUGAAUGUAGGCAUCUGCUUAAAUUGUUGAUCAAAAAAUGAAGCAUUUAUUACAUGCUUUAUUAUUUUCUAGAACUAAUUGGUUGUACCAUUGCCAUAUUAUUUAUAAAACAACAAUCAAGAAAGCUGUGUAUGUUAGUGCAUCAUUUUACAACUUUUUUUCAGCAUUCUUCCCUGUCUUUUUUUUUUUUUUUUUUUUUGUUAACAAAUUGGUUUUAGGAGUGUGGUUAACAAUUUAGAGCAGGUCUUUAGCAUACUGGUUAUUUUAACCAGUCACCAAAAUAAAAGGAGCUAAUGGACUUUGUAAUUUCUACUGUGUAAAAAAUUAAGAAGCAAACCCAAAAGUGUUUAAGAACUUUGGAAAAUAAAACUUUUAUCUGAAGCAUGCGUAUUCAUAAGUUUUGCUUUUGAACAGAAUAGACCUAAGCUUACUGAAAAGCCACUAUUAAUUUCUGCUCAUGGUUAGCUAUUUUGACACCAUAUCCUUUUUUUUUUUAAGGGAGGGGUAGUUGAAUGCUAUCUGUGAUGCUUAAGUGAGUUUUUUUUUUUUUUUAAUCAGCCGGCAUGGUUCAAAAGGCAGCAGCAAUGACAGCACAAAGACGUGCUUGUGCUGGCUAUUUACACUAGAUGAAGUAGACCAUAAGAGAUCAGAUUAACAUAUUGCCAAAAGAAUAAUUCACAAGCUAAUUGUUUAUACAUUUUUGUUAAUGUAUGUACACGAAAACACAUCCAUAAAGCAUAGUUAAAUGAAGGACUUUGUGAAUCAUGAGCCAAAAUGAAAAGUUGCAUCUUCUGGUAUCCUUAUUAGUAUUGGUUAUAAAACAAGUUUUAGGUACUAAAUGCUUGAAGCCAGAAGCAUGUUACAGUGAUGGUAUAAGAUGCUUCUGAGAGCAUAAUGCUGAUGCUGCUGUGCACUAUAUUGAGAACCACAUAAUGACAACAUUUAGGAUUUGUCUUAUAUCAUGAUCAGUUUUGACAUAUCAUGAACAAAUAUUUCUUUAAAAAAAACUGCAUUGUGAAUUUGAGUGUGCAAUUGCAUUUUGCAUCAGUAUAGAUUUUUUUUUACCCUUUUUGUUUUGCUAUCAACACUUUUGUGUGGCUACAGCUACUUUGUGAAACAAAUGCAGUGUGCAUGAGUGAAUGUAUGUGUAUGUGCAUGUGCAUUUUGGACCUGGAGAGCAUUCUUUAAAGCAAAUGUGUGCAUAUAUGCAUAAAUGAUGGCUGUGCAUGCAUGGGCACAAAGUUGUAUCCAAAUUAAAAAGCAUUUUUUAAAAAUGAGCAUGCAGUCAACAGAUGUUUGGGCCGUCUGAGUUUGUGUAAUAUUUACAUAUGAUUUGCUGCUUUAUUUUGUUUGUUUGAUUUUAUGGAAAGUCAGUGGGCUGGGGUUGGUGGGUAGGGUUCAUUGGCUUUGAUGAUUACAUACAGAUGGCUUAUUCUGCAUGCCUGCUACAUAAAUACCAUCACAUUUUCAUCACUUUUUUAAAUUUAGCAGCCUAUAUUGUGCAAUUGAGCUGCUAAUAAGGGUACAAAUCCCUGCCUCCUGUGUAUUUGUACAGAAAGGCAUACAGAUUUUAGAAUGCUGAUGUUUGUCAUGAUGACAUGUUUCAGAGUAGACACGACAAAUGUACUUUGUGUAUCAAGUGCAUGUAUCGGUAGCUGUGGUAGUUAUAUUUUUUAUUUUCAACGUACAUACUAUAUAUAUAUUAUAUAUAUAUCAUUUUUUUCACCUUGAUGAGAUCCCUGUUCAAGAUUGGAGACUGCUCUUACAGAGGAAAGGAAUAAACUUGACUUAAAACAUGA